UACUUCAUCAUUUGAUCUUAAAAAUGACACCAUGAAGGAUUCGAAACGUCAAUCUUUUUUUUAGCGUUAUUUUUAUAUUAAAUAUUUAUAUUGUUGUAUCAAUACAUAGUUGUUAAACCUAUUACUGAUGAAGACAGCAUCAACGAUAGCUCUUUAUCUGAUGCAAUUGCCGAUAUUCUUGACUUAUCUGUCGAAGAGAAAAACAAAGUUGAAAUUGCUCAAGAGCGUGUAUGCCCGGGACUGAGUGAGAUACCACAAACCUCGGCAAAACCCCCCAUCUAUCCAAGGAGCCUCGCAACCGCUAAGUAUAUAUCUUCAUUGGUUAACGAUAAUACUGACAAUGAUGAGGAUACCCCUCCUAUGCCUGAGGUAUAUCUUAGCAGUGAAUCGUUGGAACUACAGGCAUCUUUGGAAAGUCUUAGCCGUUCCAGUGAAGAGAGAUGUGAAUAUGAGGGAGACUUUGACGACUGUGAGACUGACAGCACUGCCACCGGCUUUGAUAUCCCAUCAAUCUGCAGCUCACCAUGUCAGAGCACCCAUGAUCUAUCCCUUCUCAGCAAUGACGACCUCCUUGACCAAGGAGAUCUAGAUUAUUGGGAAGACGUUACCUACAACUUUGUUGCUUCAAAUGAAUCACAUGACACACAUGUUGCUUCUGAUGAUACAGAUAUCCAGAUGAUGUCACCAGCAAUAGCUAAUAUGUCUCCAAAUUUUUCUCUUGACAAUGAGUUGGAAGGACAAGAACAUUCCUGGAAAAAAUCAGAGGUUUGCUUCAGUAAUAAAUCUUCAAUUGCGGUCUUACCUAAAGACACUAGUCAGAAUAGUUCUACUGAUUCCGACAACAAUGAAGAAGAUAAAGCUGUCGCACAGGUAUCACCUAUUGCUUCUGAUGACAUAAACAACCAGAAUAUGUCCCUAACUGCCCAACCGCAAUCGAGUGUUGUUUCUGAGGACACUGACAGCCAGACGAUGGGGGCAACUGCCACCUCUUUUCAUUUUACAAAAGAGGAACCAACGACGAUCUCAGACACAAGUUCCAUCACUGAAGAGAUUGAAUCCAGCAUCAGUGAGAAUGAAUCGUUUGCAACUGUAGACUUGACGACGAUUCAACCAAUCACUGACAACAUCCGUUUUGAGGAUGCUACUAGCCUAGAAGAAGUAGAAUAUAUCAUUUCCACUAAUAAGAAAGGCAGCUCUGAAGAAACAUUCCAAGACGAGUCGUCAAUCAGUUCUUCAGAAUCACCAAUCACUGAAGAUUCUUCAGUUGCUGACAAUAACUUGAAUGGAAUCGUGGAUUACUGGGAAAAUGCAGAAGUUUGCUUCAGUAAUAAAUCUUCAUUAGCGGCCUUGCCUAAUUACCCUUCUCAGAUUAGCUCUACUGAUUCCGACAACAAAGAAGAAGAUAAAGCUUUCGCACAGAAAUCUCCUAUUGCUUCUGAUGACAUAAAAAAGCAAAAUAUUUUCCCAAUUGCCCCAUUGGAUUCAGCAGCUGGUUGCGAGGACACGCAAAACCAGAAAAUGGAACCAACUGCCACCCCCUUUCAUUUUUCAAAAGAGGAAGCAACAUCAGCAUCUGAGAAAAGUUUCAUCAUUGAAGAGAUUGAAUGCAGCAUCAGUGAAAAUGAAUUGUCUACCACUUUAGACUUGAUGGAGAUUCAAACAGACAAUUAA